AAAACAGAGAUAUAAAUAUCUGUUUACUGAAAUAAUCUCAAGCACUUGAAGAGGGAAGAACCAUGCACAUUAUUAAAAUCAUAUUCCUUUGGAUCGUAACAGCCUUACAAGAAUCUAAAGGUUAUAGUAAUGAAACGAAAUGCAGCGUUCAAAGCACCAAUGUUAAUUGCUGCAAUUUAGCCUUGACCACAAUACCAAAGCACUUACCAGUAAACGCGACGAAUCUGGACUUAAGUAGAAACAGCAUCAAAAUAGUCAAAGGCUUUACCUUUCAGUCUUUGCGAUAUCUCACCGACCUUAAUUUAUUUAGAAAUGGGAUACAGGUAAUCGAGAAAAAUGCUUUCCAUGGAUUACAUCGUCUACGGAGUCUACAUCUUAGUUCCAAUUCUAUAGAAUUAUUUCCCGACGGCAUGUUUGACAGACUGAAUGGUUUACAAGAGUUGUCAAUUGAAUGCAAUAAACUACAAUACUUACAAGAUAAUGACAUAACAAAAAUAUUAAACAUGUUAAAGAUCGUGUCACUGAGGAAAUUUUCAUUUGACAUAUAUCCAGAUUUCAAAUUUCCCAGUCAAUUAGGGCCGUUAAGUAAGUUGACAGAUUUGGGGAUUUUCGCUAGGUCGGCUAAAGUACAAUUCAAUAAGGCAAUGUUUUCUCAUGUUAAUUUACUGCAAAUACUGUCUCUAUCCAUAGAUGUUGUACCGUUCAUAUCGGAUGAUUUUUUCGAACAUUUUCCUAAAUUAGAUUCAAUAACACUUUCGAUAGGUAUUGAUUUACCUAAAAAUCCGAUAGACCAAGUAUUCAAAUCUUUUGGAGUUUUCCGAGGAAGAAACCUGACGAGCAUUAAUAUAAAUACUGGGAGAUUUGAUAAUGGGUUUAUUUUAAAUUACAAGAGAAUGAGGUAUUUAUGGUCAAUUUGUUUGAAACGACUGACAUUGGAUAAUCUCUACAUUAAAGACAUACUCAUUUAUGCGAUGCAAGUUUUUUCUAUCAAAAGCACAUGUCUUGAGUACCUGGAAAUUUCUGAAAAUACCAUCUUCGAUCGAGGAGGUUCUUUACUUUCAGUUAUGAAAAACUUAAAAAAUUUGAAAGUAUUGAAACUUAAAAGAAAUUCGCGUAGUUCGAGAAGUAAACGCUCACAACAACCAAGCUUAUUUAGUUUCGUGCUUCCAAAAUCUCUUGAAGAAUUGUAUAUAGAGCAUAACAUGGCGGGUGAUAUGACCGAUGUUGAAUUUAUAAACGGUAUCAAUCUUCGUGUGCUAAGCCUGAAGGACAAUGAAAUGUGGUCAUGCAUUGGAACUUUUACAGGAAUUAUAAAUGUUGAAUAUUUUGACAUGUCUGGAUGGAGAUGCGAAAAGCUGUCAAUAAAUUUGCUAUAUGGUUUUCCAAAUUUAAAGACAUUGAAAGCCAGUGGGUCACAUCUAGGAAAAGGAUUUGUAAACCUUACUGGAGGUGGGUCUUUUUUUAGUAAGAAUCUGAGAUUGCAAGAUAUUAAUCUUUCGUUUAAUAGAAUAAACAGUAUACCAGAAGGACUACUUCUGCGCCGGUUUGAGCAAUUAUCAUCAGUAAACAUGUCAUAUAACAAUCUUACAAUAUUUCCUAAAUUUCAUGCAAGCAUCAAAACAUUGAAAAUAAUUGAUUUGACCUUUAACAGUAUUACACACUUCAAUAACGAAGACAUUGAACACAUUGAAAAGCUUGGAGAAGUUGAUAUACUCUUGAGAGGUAAUCCCUUUCAAUGUUCCUGUAAAACAUUACAGUUUUUAAAAUGGCUAAGUGAGACAAAUCGAGUACAGGAUAUCUUAGAUCUGACAUGUGAAACUGAAAAGGCUUCCAAAAGGUUUAUGUCUGAAGUUAUUUCUAAUCUAAAGACAUUUGAGAUGUCAUGCCAAACUAAAUUCUGGUUGCCGUUUGCCGUGUCUAUAACCUCCAUUAUCAUACUUGCUAUGAUAUUAACCGUCGUAUUCUUUCGAUAUAAAUAUGCUGUUGAGUACUUUUUACUGAGAUUCAAACUGAAAAUGAAAAAUUACAAUGAAUUGCAACAGGAAUUUAUUAAUGAUGCCUUUAUAUCAUAUAGUCACACAGAUUUGUUAUGGGUAAAACAGUUUUAUGACAGGGUAAACAGUAUGGGCUUCGAAUUAUGUCUGGACGCCAAGGACUUUAUUGCUGGUGAAAGUAUAGCAGUAAAUGUAAUAAAUGCAAUCGAUUCCAGCAGAAAGGUUAUAUUUAUUAUAACUCACGAUUUCUUAAAGAGUAGUUGGGGGUCAUAUGAAAUGGAAAUGACCCGUAUGCAUGCUUUCCAGAAAGGAAGAGAAGAUAUGGUAAUUGUUGUUGUGAAGGAUAAUAUUAAGAUAGCAGAUAUGCCGGAUGUGAUGAAGAAUAUGUGGUUUAAAAUUACAUGUAUCAAAUGGCCGAACGAUGACAACUUGCCAUACAAUACGGAGGAAAUAUUUUAUGAAAAGAUAAAAAUGUCUCUCCAAAGGAGGGAGGAUACUACUUUACUGUAUUCUAGGAAUUCAGUUGUAUAGAGCCUUUGUCAUCAUUUCAUAAAUAUAGAAUAUUAAUAAGUAUUAUGUCUAUAAGUUGGAAUCAAGAGUACGCUUUUCCUCAAGGCUUUUGU